AGCGGCGUUGCUUCUGCCGUAUGACGUAACGCUACAGGGACUGACAGCGUGGGACUGAGCAGCGGCCUGGCAGCGAGGCAGAGGCACUUCUUUGGACAGGGCAGUGAUUCUGUAGUAAUUCUGUUCUAAGUAUAGGCUGGUUAGGGAUGACAGAGGGUACAGUGAGAAUGAAUGGAGUGUAUUAGAAAGGGCUUAUUUUAGAUACACUAUUAUUAUCUCCCUCGUAGAAAGGACUUUUGCCUUGAUAAAAUGCUGUAUUUGAUAGGUUUAGGCCUCGGAGAUGAGAAGGAUGUGACUUUAAAAGGGCUGGAGGUGAUCCGCAGCUGUGCCAGGGUGUACCUAGAAGCUUACACCUCUAUACUCACCGUCAGAAAGGAAACGUUGGAAGAGUUUUAUGGAAGGGAGUUGAUCCUUGCUGACCGGGAGACAGUCGAGCAAGAGGCUGACGAAAUACUGCGCGAUGCUGCUGUCAGUGAUGUAGCACUUCUCGUGGUUGGUGAUCCUUUUGGGGCUACAACCCAUAGUGACCUGGUCCUACGAGCAGCUAAGGCAGGAAUCCAGCACCAUGUUAUUCACAAUGCUUCCAUCAUGACUGCUGUGGGCUGUUGUGGUCUUCAGCUUUAUAACUUUGGAGAGACAGUCUCAAUAGUCUUCUGGACAGACAUGUGGAAGCCCGAAAGCUUCUAUGACAAAAUUAGGAGGAACCGACUAAGCGGGAUGCAUACUUUGUGCCUGUUAGAUAUAAAAGUGAAAGAGCAAUCAAUAGAGAACCUCAUGAAAGGGAAGAAAGUCUUUGAGCCGCCCCGUUAUAUGACUGUGAAUCAGGCAGUAGAUCAGCUUUUAGAAAUUGUACAGAACAGAAGAGAGUUGGGUGAAGAGCUUGCUUUAACGGAGAACACAAUCUGUGUGGGACUGGCUCGUGUUGGUGCUUCGGACCAGAAAAUAUCAGCCGGGACCCUGCAGCAGCUAAGCUCGGUGGACUUUGGGGGUCCUCUUCACUCUCUGGCGAUCAGUGGUUGUAUGCACCCUUUAGAACUGGACAUGCUAAAGCUCUUUGCUGUGGAACCAUCCACUUUUGAACAGAUAAAUAUAGAAGAUAGUUCCACAUAUUUGUCAUAGUAGAAUCCAUAUACACCGCAUCAUUAGUUCUUGUUAUAUAGCAGAUAACCUUAGAGAAAGCCUUACAGGCUAUGCUGGAAUUAAAAUACACAAAUAGCGGACAACUACAGAUUGGAAAGCCCUGCUGUAUACCAAUAACCAAUGCAAUGCCAGUAACACACCAUUUAUUAACUGUGUUAUGUUGUUCAUAUUAUGUCUCUAUCAAGGGGCCAGUUACAUAUUAGACGUGCAAAGCAUUUCUUUGUGAUACUUUUAACAGAAACCCAAGCAAAGCUGUUUAUGUGAUUCCAUAUUUAAUUACCUAUUAUAUAUAUGAAGAAUGUUAAGUGGGGAUGUAUUCUGGAUGAUACUCAAGCCAAAUUGUUAUCUUGAAAGGAUUCUGAACUGUCCAAAGCUUUUAUUAAAACGGAGAUGA